AUGGAGGACGCCGCUGACUGUUUGACGGCGGAUGACCUUUGGGCCGACACCAACAACGUGAAAUUUGUCGUCUCCUUGAUCGUUCUGCUGAGCAUUAAUAUACUUGUGAUUGGAGGCAACACACUGGUCAUCCUGGCAGUGGCAAAGUCGAAGAAACUCCGCUCAGUUACCAACCUGUUCAUAGUGUCGUUAGCCUUUGCUGAUCUCUUCCUCGGCAUUACCAUUCUACCCUUCUCGACCAUGCUUGAAGUGCUACAUGUUUGGGUAUUUGGGCGCAUCUGGUGCGUCAUGUACCUGGCCAUCGACGUCUGGCUGUGCACGGCCUCUAUUCUUAACCUGGUGGCUAUCAGCCUCGAUCGAUAUAUCGCCAUCACCCACCCGAUGCGAUACCCGAGCCUCAUGUCUCGGCGAAGAGCCAAGUGCCUGAUUGCCGGCGUUUGGGUGUUUGCUUUCAUUGUCUGUCUACCUCCUUUGCUCAACUGGGGUUCUAAUGACGAUCAACUUAAUGGACCAGUCAAUUCCACUGUGGACAUUCUCACUGGUUAUGAUCUAGUUAAUAGUAGUGAUCAAAUUGCUGUUAUGUCUGAAGUCUAUGAGUACAAUCCCGGUGAAGGGGAACCCAACGAUGUACCAUAUAUUGUUGACUCACACAAACCAAAGAACUGUACAGAUCUAUCGUAUUUGUCAUGCGAGCUUACCUCGUCGAAAGGAUAUCGUAUCUAUGCAUCUAUAGGAUCGUUCUACUUUCCAAUGUGCGUAAUGGCCUUUUUCUACCUGCGCAUUUACAAAACAGCUGUGGAGACAGCAGAGGCGCUGCGAAAAGGCACGCUGACAACGAAGACGGAAGGUGAGAACCUUUCAAACAAUGUAUCAAUUACCCUACGAGUUCAUCGAGGCCGAGCGUAUGGGAAGCCGAGCUGGAAAGACAAAAAACGAAAAGAAACCGAAAGGGAGAUGCACGCAGACAUGGGUAGAAUACGCCUGAACAAAGCUUGUAAAACGUAUUCACAAGAGAUCUCGCACAAAAAGAACAAAUCAAAACAGAAAAAAAGCUAUCAAUCUAAAACUGAGAAAAUAUGCAGCAGCUCCACCAACAGACACGGCUAUGUGCAUACGUUUAAAAGAUUCCACGCAUCGAAGCAACAAUCACCCUGUCCGAUAGGUUUGAAUGUGACCACACCUAGCGGCCAAAUCUGUAAAAAUCCGUCGGCCGACACAGCAUCCUUAUCCAGUGGUAGCGACAUUGUAGAACCAAAUAAACCCAGCUAUGCCGCUAACGAUGACAGCAACCAUUUGGACGAUAAGGGGCAAAAGGUAGGGUUAGUCGCACCUGACGAACAGGCUCGGAGGCGCUCGGGGGCUUUCAAUUUCAAAGUUGGAUUUCUUUACGCCAACAGAAACAUAUCAACGUUCAUUGUGAAAAUAAAAGUUUCUUUGUCAGUGGUCAAGUGCCGUUCACUUAUUUCUGUUUGCCUAUUCGUCUAUCUGUUUGUUUCUCUCUCUCCCUCUCUCUUUCUCUCUCGCACUGAUUCUCUUUCUCUCGCUUUCUUUCACUCUGUUUCACUUUCUCUAUGA